CUAUAAAAUGGGAAUACUUAUUGCGGUUCUUGGAAUCUGGUUCAGCUCUUCACUUGUAAGGGGGCAUUCUAAGGCUGUGACAACAUCUCUAACUACAAAGUGGUCUUCAACUCCUUUGUUACUUGAAGCAAGUGAAUUUUUAUCAGAAGAAGGUCAAGAAAAAUUCUGGAAUUUUGUUGAAGCCAGUCAAAAUAUUAAGAUAUCUGAACAUGAUGGCAGUGAUUAUUCUUCUUACCAUGAAAUGCUGAAAGCAGCCUGCCAGAGUCUGUCACCUUUGCAGCAGAACUUGUUGAAAUUUUCCUUGGCUUUACGCUCUUAUUCUGCAACCGUUCAAGCUUUUCAACAGAUAGCAGCAGAUGAACCUCCACCAAAGGCCUGCACCCUGUUUUUUGCUGUGCAUGGGGAUAAGACAUGUGAAUUUGAGUCUCUUGGAAACCUUUUACAGGGAGCUUCAGAAAGGCCAAAGCCAUUUUUGUUCAAAGGGGAUCACAAGUACCCAGUGUCAAACCCUGAAAGUCCUGUCGUCAUACUUUAUGCUGAGAUUGGCUCAGAGGAGUUCUACAGAAACCACAGGAGGCUUGUUUUAAAGGCUGAGGCAGGAGAAAUCACUUAUGUCCUCAGACACUAUAUUGCCAACCCCAGUAAAGAAAAAGUCUACCUCUCUGGCUAUGGUGUGGAACUGGCUAUUAAAAGUACAGAAUAUAAGGCCAAGGAUGAUACACAGGUGAAAGGCACAGAUGUGAAUGCUACAGUAAUAGAUGAAAAUGACCCUGUUGAUGAAGUUCAAGGAUUUCUGUUUGGAAAACUAAGGCAGUUGUAUCCUGACUUGGCAGAAGAGCUGAAAGAGCUUAGAAAACACCUCGUGGAAAGCACCAAUGAAAUGGCACCUCUGAAAGUAUGGCAACUACAAGAUUUAAGUUUUCAAAGUGCUGCUCGCAUUUUGACUGCUCCCCCUGUGGAUGCUUUGAUGGUCAUGAAAGAUCUCAGUCAGAACUUUCCUACUAUGGCCAGAGCCAUAACGAAAACAGUUGUUUCUUCGGAACUCAGAGCAGAAAUUGAAGAGAACCAAAAGUAUUUCAAAGGAACGUUAGGAUUGCAACCGGGAGAUUCUGCCCUGUUCAUCAAUGGACUACUUAUUGAUUUAGACACUCAGGACAUAUUUAGCUUGAUUGACGUGCUGCGCAAUGAAGCCCGCGUUAUGGAAGGCCUGCACAGCUUAGGAAUUGAAGGGCUUUCCUUGCACAAUGUUCUGAAGUUGAACAUCCAGCCAUCAGAUUCCGACUAUGCUGUGGACAUCAGAAGCUCGGCUAUUUCAUGGAUCAACAAUCUAGAAGUUGACAGUCGGUAUAAUUCCUGGCCUUCCAACGUGCAGGAACUGCUGCGUCCCACGUUUCCAGGCGUGAUCAGACAAAUCAGAAAAAACUUCCAUAAUUUUGUGCUGAUAGUAGAUCCUGUUCACGAGACUACUGCAGAGCUACUGAAUGUGGCAGAGAUGUUCUUCAGUAACCACAUCCCACUGAGGAUAGGACUAGUCUUUGUGGUUAAUGACUCAGAGGAUGUUGAUGGACUUCAGGAUCCUGGUGUUGCCCUGCUUAGGACAUACAAUUAUGUGGCACAAGAAAUGGACAAUAAUUAUGCUUUCCAAACUGUCAUGUCUAUAUAUAACAAAGUAAAAACAGGAGAUCAGCUGAAAGUGGAGCAUGUGGUUAGUGUUCUUGAGAAACAGUAUCCUUAUGUGGAAAUCAACAGCAUUCUGGGAAUUGAUUCUGCCUAUGAUCAAAACAGAAAGGCAGCAAGAGGUUACUAUGAGCAAACGGGUGUAGGUCCUCUCCCUGUUGUGCUGUUCAAUGGAAUGCCUUUUCAAAAAGAUCAGUUAGAUCCUGAUGACCUGGAAACUGUGACAAUGCACAAAAUCCUGGAAACAACAAGCAUCUUCCAGCGAGCAGUAUACCUGGGUGAAUUAUCUAAUGACCAAGAUGUGGUUGAGUACAUCAUGAACCAGCCUAAUGUUGUUCCAAGAAUUAACUCAAGAAUCUUAAUGUCUGACAGAGAGUACCUAGAUCUGACAGGAAUGAAUAACUUUUACGUAGAUGACUUUGCUCGAUUUACCACAUUGGACUCCAAAGAUAAGACAGCUGCUGUUGCAAACAGCAUGACCUACUUAACAAAGAAAGGAAUGUCUUCCAAGGAGAUCUAUGAUGACUCCUUUGUUAGACCAGUUACUUUUUGGAUUGUUGGUGAUUUUGAUAAACCUUCAGGGAGGCAACUGCUGUAUGAUGCAAUUAAACAUCAGAAAACCAGCAAUAAUGUUCGAAUUGGCAUGAUUAAUAAUCCUAGUACUGAUCCAAAUAGCCAGAAUACAGUUGUCGCUAAAGCAAUAUGGGCAGCUCUACAGACACAAACAUCAAAUAAUGCCAAGAACUUCAUCACCAAAAUGGCCAAAGAAGAAACUGCAAAGGCACUAGAGGCAGGAGCUGACAUCUUAGAAUUUGCUGUUGGGGGUAUGGAUACCAAUAUUUUCAAAGAAGCCUUUGAAUCUCCCAAGGUGGAUUUUAUUCUGUCCCAUGCUAUAUACUGCAGAGAUGUACUAAAGCUGAAGAAGGGGCAGAGGGCUGUGAUCAGCAAUGGAAGGAUUAUUGGCCCAUUAGAGGAUGGUGAGAUGUUCAAUCAGGAUGAUUUUCAUCUCCUUGAGAAUAUCAUACUAAAGACAUCAGGACAGAAAAUCAAAUCUCAGAUUCAACAGCUGGGAUUUGAAGAAGAUCUGUAAGUAAAUCUCUCAGAGUUGCAGUGUAAAGUGGACGCUCUUCUUUCUGCUCAACCAAAAGGAGAGUCAAGGAUUGAAUAUCAUUAUUUUGAAGAGCGAUACAGUGCAGUUAAACUGAGACCAAAAGAGGGGGAGACAUACUUUGAUGUUGUGGCUAUAGUUGAUCCUGUGACCAGAGAUGCUCAGAGACUUGCUCCAUUACUUCUGGUUUUGAACCAAUUGAUAAAUAUGAACCUAAGAGUGUUUAUGAACUGCCAGUCCAGACUUUCUGACAUGCCACUGAAAAGCUUUUAUCGCUAUGUUUUGGAGCCAGAGAUUUCUUUCACAGCAGAUAACAACUUUGCUCCAGGACCAAUUGCCAAAUUUUUGGAUAUGCCCCAGUCUCCACUGUUCACUUUAAACCUAAAUACUCCUGAAAGCUGGAUGGUGGAAUCUGUCAGAACCCCAUAUGACCUUGAUAAUAUUUACUUAGUGGAG